AUGAAAGGAACGCUCAUACUGGUGCCGCUGAAGCCGGCUGAAGCAUCCGCUGCCAGAGAUGCCCUCGCAAAGGCCAUCUACUCGAGACUGUUCGAUUGGAUUGUGGCGACGAUUAAUAAGAGCAUCCCGUUCACAAAUUCUCACAACUACAUUGGCGUUUUGGACAUUGCCGGAUUUGAAUACUUCACGAUCAACUGGUUCGAGCAGUUCUGCAUCAACUACUGCAACGAGAAACUCCAGAAUUUCUUCAACGAAAGAAUUCUGAAGGAAGAACAGGAAUUGUAUGAAAAAGAGGGACUCGGGGUGGACAGGAUCGAAUUUGCGGAUAAUCAGGAUUGUAUCGAUCUGUUCGAGAAAAAGGGGAGUGGAAUGCUGGAUCUGCUUGACGAAGAGAUGAGGCUCCCAAAGCCACUCUCCGCCCAUUUCACCCAAAAUGUACACCAAGCUAAUCAGAAGCAUUUUCGGCUUGAUACGCCUCGCAAAUCCCUCCUAAAGGAGCAUCGCGGAAUGCGAGACGAAGACGGUCUCCUCGUUCGCCAUUUUGCCGGUACCGUAUGCUAUCAAACGGCCGGGUUCCUCGAAAAGAAUAACGACGCCCUGCACGCCUCGUUGGAGGCUGUCAUGGAGAUGAGCGAAAUGCCGGUGAUGAAGCUGCUCUUCGCGCCGCCUGCAACAUCUGAGGCAACAGUGCCCAGCCGUACCCGCCUCAUCGUCCCCUCCGUUGGCUCCAAAUUCCGCUCGCAACUCGCGCAGCUCAUCGAGAAAUUGGCAUUGACGGGCACCCAUUUCGUCCGUUGCGUCAAACCGAACGCCACAAUGUCCCCGUGGAAAUUCGAUGGCGCGGCCGUUUUGGGGCAAUUAAGAUGUGCUGGAAUGGGGGCUGUGUUGCGGUUGAUGCACUCUGGGUAUCCAUCCAGAACGGGCUUCAAAGAGCUGUACGACAUGUAUUCGGCGGUGCUGCCCCCAGAAUUGGCUCGACUCGAUCCACGGCUUUUUUGCAAGUGCCUAUUCCGUGUCCUCGGCCUGAACACGACCGACUUCAAAUUCGGCCUCACCAAGGUCUUCUUCCGGCCGGCAAAAUUCGCCGAAUUCGAUCAGCUCCUCCGCCAAGAUCCGGCAGCAAUGGCAAUACUCGUGUCAAAAGUGAAGAAAUGGCUGAUUGGUGUCCGGUGGAGGAAGGCACAAUAUGGAGCGUGGAGUGUUAUUAAGCUGAAAAACAAGAUCAUCUACCGUGGGGACCAACUGAGGACGAUACAACGAUACGCUAGGGGAUAUUUGACACGACAGAAGAUAUUGCCGAGGUUAUCCCUCUACCGUAAGAUCGUGGCGCUGAAGAAGAGAGGCGCAGAGAUGCAGAGUAUUGUCGAGAAGUUGGGCCCGAAUUCGAAGGAUGGAUGGGGGAAAGAAGUCGAUGCGACGCAGCAAAAUAUCAUUCAAUUGCUCUAUCAAUGCAAGAAACGCGAAAUGGAGCUGGACGCGUGUGCAAAAAAUUAUGAGGAAUGCCUGCGACGCGUCGACAAAAUCAUUAAUGCGCUGAGCGGUCCUUUAAACCCCGAAAUUCAGGCGCCGCGAGAUGGAGGAGGAGCGGCAAAGGGCGGAGAAGACGGCAAUGGA